UCGCAUCACCUCGCCGUUCCACCGCCGCGGCUGACGGAGAUUCCUUUACCGUUGAGUUCUUUCUCGCUAGCUUUCGACCUCCGCUCGGUGGCGUUCUGCGUCUGUCCCGUUCGCACACGAACGAUUUCGUUGCAGGAUACAAAUUGAUAUUUCAGGAGUUGUCAUCAAUCUGGCCGUCCCUGGGGUUCCAUGCCCUUGCACCUCGAGGAAGGUGUGGGAUCUAAAGAAUGCUCAGUUGCCUCCCCGUUGCAUUGAGGUUUCCAUUCUUCUUGCUUGGCCUUUCCAUUGCAUGGUGAAAGGAUCUCCUCUUGACAACGGCUAACUCCUGCAACGGUAGAGACCCCUUCAUGCAGUAAGGUGUUUGUUGAUCGCUAGAGAUUUUGGUAGCUGAUUUCUCACUGCAAAAGAGCAACUUGUCACGAUUUCACUAUAGAUUGCAUUACUCAGAUCAAUUACUGUCCUUGAAGAUGGCAAUAACUAGUUGUUUCUCAGCACUUUUUGCUAGAAAGAACUCCAAGGAAAAGAAAAGAUCCAAAAUUGCCUAUAAGUGUGGAGAUUUAAGAGUUAUCCCUGAAGAACAAGUUCGUCAACUUGUCCAGAAUUCUGUAGUAGGAAUUGCUUUUGAUGAACCCAAUCAUGCUGAUCAACUGGCCCAUAGUUCUGUGGUGGUAUCAAAUCUCAGAGAGUCUAUGCUGCUGUUGAUAACUCAGGGAAAGAGCCCUGUGGAGAAUGCACAAACCAAAAUGGGUGAUACAAAAAAUCUCAAAUUUGAGCAAACUGAGCCUGGUGCUGAAGCAGCUUAUGAGGGAGGUGAUGAGCACGAGGAUAGUUUAUCUCUGAGGAAAGAUUUCUCUGACUUUGAUCUUCAAGUAUUAGAGAUAGACAAGCCUGAACUCAAUUUAGGAAGUGUCAACAAAGAGCUGAAUAUUGAUGGUUCAGAUAGCAGUUUGCUUAAAGAAACUGCUUCUGAAAUGAUUACCUACAAUGGUCAUGUUAGUGAUCCUGGCAUUGGACGAACAGAAAUAUUGUGUGGAUCUCUGUGUCUUAAACGUUCAUGCUCCUACAUUGAGACAAAGAUAUUUGUUGGAUCCCCAACCACGACCCAUUUUUCAGAUGCUGUUCUCAACAUGUGUGAGACUGUUGGCGGUGAAGCAACAAAUGCUAUCCCUGGAAGUCCAAAAUCAGUAAUGACAUCCUUCAGUGCAGAUAGGGCAAUUCUAAAGAAGAGCUAUUCAUCCCAGGUGCUCCCGUCGAGGAGUGCAAAACUUUGGUCGAGUCUUUUUCUGUUGAGCCAUAAUAAUUUCCACAACCCUAGGAUGACAGCUUCACAGAGGAUUUCCAUCAAUGAUACCUCUAAAAUUGGUGGUGGCUAUUGUUCCGAUGUCCUUGAGUCAAGGUCAUGUUUUGAAAUGGAUAACAAGCCAAAAAUGAAGCUAUCAGAAAUUACAACUGCAGAUGACUUAUGGUCUCAGAAUCGUUGGACUGCUUUUCAUUCAGAGUGUUCUACCUUGGAUAGAGUUGAUGCUUGGGUUCAGAGUCUGGGAGAUGGUUCAUCGUAUCCAAUAGACAGCUAUCAGAAUGAUGAACCAGCAGAAGAGGCAACCUCAUAUACAAAUAUUCUUGAGGUUGAAGAAAUCUCAGGAAAGAAACAAACUCAAACCAGCAGGCCAACAGUAAAGGAUAUAAUGGAGGGCAGCUACAUCUUCCAACCAUCGUGUUCCUUUCCCCAUAUGGCUCACAUUUCUGGUCUGAGUUUGAAAGCUAUUCCAGUAAUUGCAGCCUUCAGUAGUCUUCGAUCAGUUGACUUAUCUGGCAAUAUGAUAGCCCACAUUCCCUCAGGAAGCCUCCCAAAGAAUCUCCUUACACUUGACUUGUCCAAGAACAAAAUUACAACAAUUGAGGGACUUAAAGAGCUUAUAAGGCUGCGGGUUCUUAAUCUCAGCUACAACAGAAUCUCACGGAUCGGUCAUGGAUUUCCAAAUGACACACUGGUAAAAGAGCUCUAUUUAUCUGGGAAUAAGAUCAGCUACAUUGAGGGUCUCCACCGACUUCUGAAGCUAAAAGUUCUGGACUUGAGCUUCAACAAGAUAACCUCAGCAAAGGCCUUGGCUCAACUUGUUGCUAAUGACAGCUCUCUCUUGGCUCUCAACCUGAUUGGUAAUCCAGUUCUGAGCAAUUUUGGUGAAGAAAGGCUUCGUAAAACCAUUUGCAGCAUCCUACCUAAGAUAGCCUACCUGAAUAAGAAUCCCAUUGAUCCUCGGAAGGGACGGGAGGUGACCUUGCACACACUUGGGAGCAAUGCCCGGUUCUCGCGGAAACAAUUGACAUCUCGAGUGAGCCAGAGCUCUGGAAGAGAAAGGAACACCUGCAGGAGAGCAAGCAGCAGCCACGGAGAGAGGAGCAGAAUGGACAGAUCAAAGGGCAGGCAUCAACAGUCUGUCACUUCAAGGAAAUAAGAUGGCGAUUCAAUUUUAGAUGUGAUUUGAUUAUGUUGCAGUAAUAAAUUAGAAAACAUUGUACUUCUUUCAGUCAAAUUUGGAAACUUACUACAUUGUAGU